AUGGCAUCAAUAGAGUCUCUACUAAACCCCCUUCCCGACUUCGGUCGGUUUACCCUUCCGGCUACCUCGUCGACUUACACUACCCGGGCCGUUGCCUCACUCCCUGGAUCGUCUCGCCCAAAAAAGCAGAAGAUGGCAAAAGAUGCCCCGAUCUUUAAGGAAGGCAGAAUCCGUGGCGAACUCCGCUAUCCUCCGUGUGAGGAUAGGGAUGCCAAGCUGACUGUUGCGCAUAAGGAAUUCCAGAUCCAUCCCAUGGGUAACAUCGCACAGUAUCCCAGGCACAUACCGUACAAUAGCGACAAAAAAACAUUUCAGGAAAAGACUGGAAGAGAGUCCUUCGAAGUAUUCCAAUACACUUUCAAGAUUCCCGGGGAAGAUAAGACCUGGACCGUGAUGUGGGAUUAUAACAUCGGGCUCGUCAGGACGACUCACCUGUUCAAAUGCAUCGGUUACUCCAAGACCACACCAGCGAAGAUGCUCAAUCUGAACCCCGGACUUCGUGAGAUAUGCCACAGCAUCACAGGAGGAGCACUCGCGGCACAGGGAUAUUGGAUGCCAUUUGACGCCGCCAAAGCAGUCGUGGCAACCUUCUGUUGGAAAAUCCGCCAUGCCCUCACGCCACUGUUUGGAGUCGAUUUUCCCUCGCUAUGUAUCCCCCCCGAGGACAGCGAACGAUAUGGCCUAAUGAUCAUUGACCCGGCCAUCGUAAAAAGGGCUGCUGAUGUAGCAGAACUCUACCGGAUGGCCGAACUGCGACCUGGCUCAAUUCCCUUGUCGUUGCCUCAAACUCCUGCUAUUCACCAUACUCCAAGUUUACCACCUGCAAGUGUCAAACUGGACAUGGUUUCUGGAUCAGGGAGACAGAUCCUUCUUCCCAAGACUCCAUCAUCUUCUGUACGACGUGUUCGUCGGGCCAAUCUUAGCAGCAGCGACAGCAGUAGCAGUGGGUGUGGUAGCUCUCCCGAGUACUCUGAUUCUUACUGCACAUCCCCGGAAAGUCCGUACAAGAAUUCUUUCACUCCUGUCAACACACCGCGGAGUUCAGACAAUAGAUCUAGCUACGGGAUCGGCUUGAACUCGAACAUUCCUUCGCCCGCAGAAGUUCUAGCAAGGGUUUCCCUAAUCCCGGGCAAAACCGGCAACGGGGAUGACAACGGCGACGACUGCGAUGGUGAAAGCGAUGAGGAUGGUAGUUAUACAACAGACACCACUCUCUCUUCUAAUCCUGUAAACACAAAUAUGGACAUAAAUGUCCAUAUUGGCGGCAAAAACACUGAUACUGAUUCGUCCAAAGACGUUCUAUCCAUGGAUCUCGACAAGAUUGACAGCGACAACGACAGCGACACUUGCAGCCGCGACACUCCUUCUCCCUCACAACGACGGAGAACUGGAUCUCGCUCUGAAAAGAACUCAAAUAGAGACUCCGAAUCGAAGCUAUUUGCUCGCGAGGUAAAAGCUGCCCAUGCAUUGCUAAGUUUGCAUACGCAGAAUGCUACCACUCCCACCACUCCCGCUGCCAGCACCGCCGUGCAGGGUAAAGACAUGCACCAUGAGCACGGCUGUAGUCUCUCAGUGCUGCCACCAUCGCACCAUUAUGACUCUCUUGAAUGUGAGGGAGGAAGGAAGGAGCUCAAAAGACGCCGUGCUUCUGCAUAA